GCCUCACCCGCGGGCGCCAUAGUGACGGUGACGCACUUCCGGUGUGCCGCCCUCCUGACCCGGAAGUGAUCGCGGGACGCUCUCGCCUGUUGCGCUGCCGCCAUGAAGCCGAUCCUGCUGCAGGGCCACGAGCGCUCCAUCACGCAGAUCAAGUACAACCGCGAGGGAGAUCUGCUCUUCACCGUGGCCAAGGACCCCAUUGUCAAUGUUUGGUACUCAGUGAACGGAGAGAGGCUUGGCACCUACAAUGGCCACACAGGAGCUGUGUGGUGUGUGGAUGCAGACUGGGACACUCGCCACGUGCUCACUGGCUCUGCUGACAACAGCUGCAGGCUCUGGGACUGUGAGACAGGGAAGCAGCUUGCCCUGGUGAAGACCAGCUCAGCUGUCAGGACCUGUGGCUUUGACUUUGGAGGGAACAUCAUCAUGUUCUCCACGGACAAGCAGAUGGGGUACCAGUGCUUCGUCAGCUUCUUUGACCUGCGGGACCCCAGCCAGAUCGAGAACAACGAGCCUUACAUGAAAAUCCCCUGCAGUGACUCCAAAAUCACCAGUGCUGUGUGGGGCCCCCUGGGAGAGUUCAUCAUCGCAGGACAUGAGAGUGGAGAGCUCAACCAGUUCAGUGCCAAGUCAGGGGAGCAGCUUUCAACCAUCAAGGAGCACACCAAGCAGAUCAACGACAUCCAGACCUCCAGGGACAUGACCAUGUUCAUCACAGCUUCCAAAGACAACACAGCCAAGCUGUUUGACUGCACAACGCUGGAGCACCUGAAGACGUUCCGGACGGAGCGGCCUGUGAACUCUGCUGCCCUCUCCCCCAUCUUUGACCAUGUUGUGCUUGGUGGUGGGCAAGAGGCCAUGGAUGUGACCACGACCUCCACCAGGAUUGGCAAAUUCGAGGCCAGGUUCUUCCACUUGGCUUUUGAAGAAGAGUUUGGCAGAGUGAAAGGUCACUUCGGGCCCAUCAACAGCGUUGCCUUUCACCCUGAUGGGAAGAGUUACAGCAGCGGGGGUGAGGAUGGCUACGUUCGCAUCCAUUACUUCGACCCCCAGUACUUCGAGUUUGAAUUUGAAGCUUGAGGAAGGACUUUUCCUCCUCUUCUCUUCCCUCCUCCCACACACUGCCCAGUCCAGGAGCUCCUGAGUGCAGCUGCUACAAAGCCUGAAGUUGGUCUGCUCAGCAGGAGGCGAUGGGAAGCUGUUGGCAAUGAACUUGGGGGUUCUGAGGUGGGGAGCUAAAACCCAACCAGAUCCCGAGGGCAGGGCUGGCUGUCAGGGGGGAGGAGGGGGUGAAGGAGAGGGAAGGGAGCUGGGUUGGCUGCCUGCCCUUGGCCCUGCUGGCUUCCUGCUGGGCAUAUUUAUACAUCAGGGGAGAGGAAAAAAAAUCAUCAGGAAAUAAAUAAAAACCUUUUCCAAAUGCAA